CAUCAACGACCUAUCUAAAAGGGGGCUUCCUCCUACGCAUUAAAUAGUGCGAAAUCUAGCCUUAGCAAUAGCUGGGAUUAUGCCAGGAAUCAACUAGGCUUCGCGCUGGGUCAAACAGCAUUCAAAACACCUCAGAUCAGGAUACCUCCUUCCUAUCGACAAAUUAAGGAAGAGAGCUGAUUCAGCGCUGUAUUACAGCCUCUAUAUUGAACUCUUAGGACGAAAGAUACAGGAAUAUAAUAUACAGCCAGGAAAUACCUGGAACAUAGAUAAGAAGGGCUUUCUUAUCGGUUAGAUAAAGAAGAAGAGGAGGAUCUUCAGCAGGAAUACCUUUAAGUUAGGAAGAAUACGCAAUAUUAUCCAGGAUAGAAAUAGAGAGUGGAUUACAGUAGUAGCAGCUAUCUGCGCAGACUGUACGGCACUUUCUCUAAC